AUGUCUCCUCAUAAUUUUAGAAAUUAUUUUACUUUAAUUAAAAAUCCAAAUAAUCCUACAAAUGCUCUCGCUGUGUGUAACUGGUGUAUAAGAAAAUAUGGUGGAUUAGGAACAGCUCAAUUAAAACCAGAAUGUUGUACGGUUAACAGGGCACGUUUGUGCCGCAAUCAUCUAUCGAAAUGUGAAGCCUUUCACGAAGCCAAUACCGAAGAAGAAGUGCAAAGAAUUUUAGCCUUACCA